CAUCAACUAUGGACACUUUGGAGAUAUUCAUAGCCGCGGCCCGUAAAUGUUUGUCCGCUGGAAGGAAAUCUCUGUCGGUCCCUCAGAGUCUGGACAUGGCUGCUCAGCUCUCCGCUGUGGAUUUGUCUCUGAAGCCUUCCCUGCUGUAUGACACCAACAGCGCCAGUGCAGAGCAGGUGCAUCAGUAUUUACGCUUGUGUCAGUCAUCCCAGCUUGUGUCCGAGUCCCUCGUCACACUGGACUUGAACGGCAGCAGCCUCAUUGUUAAUCCACCUGUAGUCUGCUCCAUUCUUGAGCGAGUGCUUCAAAAUGGCGGCCCGGCGGUGAUUGAUGUCUGUCACUCACUGGAGAAGCCCGCUAUUGCUGAUGCAGUCAAAGGAGGGCUGAAGAGCAUUGCGCAAGAUCUCCUUUUUCUCCUCAGAGGGUGCGAUGCAGCAGAUGACAAAGGCGUUUAUGUGGCGCAGAGGUCCGAUGAGUGGAAUCUGAGCGCUGUCUUCGGACUCUUACUGGGCUACCCUGUCACCUACUGGUUCGAUCAAACAGAGAGCUUUGAGAACUGCCUCUCUAUGACCCCCCUCUUGGUCACCACGGCGCACGCAACAUGGCAGGCAGACGCCGCCAGCCACAAAUGCUGCCUGUACUCGUUCAGCAUCCCCGUCCAUCUGCAGACUGAGACGCAUUCAUAUCUGGAGGACUGGAAGCGUGGCCUUCAAGAGAGAUUCCAGCAGCAAAAUGUAUUCCAAGAUCUAGCUGUCCGUCAGUCAUCAGUCACUCUACCUUCGGUCUGUUUGUGACUCCACCUUGCGUUGAAUUUGUGACUUCAUUAAACUGUCCAAGAA